AUGUUCGCAUUUCAUUUGACGUACUCCUGGGGAAAAAAGACUCCAGUUAAACUAGACGGGUACAAGAUCGAUGUUAUCUUUCAAAAAGCGCUGACUAUUUUCCGUUGCAAUCCCUACGAACAGCAUGUCAUACGUGAUAUAACAAUCGAAAAACUUGGAUCGCUCAAAUGCUCGAAUCGGAUGUCGUUUUUACCCGACAAUCACAUUGAGUCCGUCACACUACUUGAGUGGAAUUCAACAACAGUUGCCUGUAAUAAGAAUGUUAUCAAAAAAGAGAAGACACACCUGAAUAUAAAACACAAGCCUAAGAAUGCAUUCAAGAAUCUGAAAUUUCGUGUAACACGUCUCGGAUCAUCGGGUGAGAGCAAUGUCGAGUUUGAUGACAAAAAAUCAUACGUAUCUUUCGAACAUCACGGUGGACAAGCAACGGCGACGAAUCCCAACGUUUUGAAUGAUAAUUUAACGACAACGUAUUAUGCAUUUCAUGAUCGACCUAUCCUUUGUCGUGAGCGAUAUCCAGCAUCGAAGAAUCCAUGUUUAACUACAACUCAAAAGAAGAACUUUACUUAUAUGUGUUAUUAUCGAAUGAGCUAUGAAGAUCCACCGACAGUUGCCGAUUUCGAUAGAGAAUUGAAGACUUUAACAGUUAAUAAUGGUUCGAAUGAAGAUUCAAUCAACGAAGUUUAUAUGAAUAAAAAGCCAUUACCAGAAGAAUCCUUUUGGAGUAGUCCGGCUAGUGUUCCUAUUUGUAUAAUUGUCGUGAUUACCGUUAUUACUAUCGUCAGUAUUAGCAGUUACUUUUUGUGUUGCCGUUCGUCGCCAAGAAAGCGUAGAAUGCGCCAACGACGUGACCAUAGUGAUACAUCGAUGGUCUCAAAUACCUCAUAA